AUGUCCGCGCCCCACCACUCCAUCACCCCCCGCUCUCAGCCCCCCAUCCCAUCCACCCCACCCCGCUCCUACCCCUCCUCCCUCCCAUCGACUGCAGCCUCCGACGGCUUUCUGGGGGACGUCGCAAAAUGGCAGGAGACACGGUCGCCCACUGAGGGUGGCGCUGGAGGGAGUGCUGGAAAUUCCAGUGUCCGUACGAGCAGGAUGAUCAACAAGUUUGGCGCAUCCCCGCCCCCUCCUCCUGGACCUCCUCGCAAGUCGUCCUGCAUAUCCACUAUGGUGCUUUCCACUGACCAUCCUUGUCCAGCAAGCAACCCUCCACCGCUACCACCUCCAUCAGCUCACCCCUUUGCGUCCAUGGCGAAUGCGGCGCCGGCGUCGUCGUCGCUUGGGUCCGCAACAGGGCGGAGGACGUCGACACAAAUACCGUCUGCGAGACAGAGCACUAUCAACGCGCUCCGGCCUUCGGGACGACCAUCUUCGCCUGGGAGGUCGCGUGUGCAUUCGCAUGGGUCGCCCAGUAAACACCAUGCAGGUCUGGCUGCAUCGCCCAUCCCAGCGUCGCACGCAUCGACCUCGGCAUCAACGACGUCGACAGCACGCACCUCCAAACCCCCUCGUACCCCUUCCCGUCUCCUCCUCCAGACCGCGCUCGACCUCGCGCAGAAAGCUGUCGAAAUGGAUCGCAAUAACGAUGUCGUUGGCGCCCUCGCUGCUUACCGCGAAGCCGUCACGCGUUUAAAGUCGGUGAUGGAGCGCGUGGGGCUGGAAGAUAAGAAGAAGGAAAAGGAAAAGAAGGGGAUGAAGGCAGAGGAAGAAGGGAGGACGCUGAAGGGGAUUCAUGAUGCGUAUGUGGCGAGAAUACAGCUUUUGACGAGCUAUGAUGACGUGGCGGGCGCGGAGGGGACGGAAGGGAGCGAAGAUGGGACGGUUGUGCCGGCUGGUGUGUCUGCGUCUGGCUCGAGCCCGGUCUUGGAGACGCUGGAUGAAGGAAAAGAGAGAUCGAUACAGGCGUCCGACGAGCAGGGGGUACCGGCGCCGAGAAGCUCGUUUGACGAAGCCACGCAAGGUAUCGGGGAGCUCAUGCUCGGGCCCUCGAGCCCAGAGAAUCAAACCAUCUCCCUCGAGACCCCGCCGCUCUCGGGUGGGUUGCCAGAGGAAAACGCAAGUCCGAGGCUGCCGAGGAUUGACGGGCAAGGCGAUGUUUCACUCCAGCAGGCUCUGGAUCGAGUGGCCGGGUCGACAAACACACCUUUUCCCAAGAAACCUCCUUCGCUGCCGGCAUCGAAUCCUCGUUCCAUCGGUCUUGGUCACCCCUCCCACUCUCCAUCCCAAUCAUUCCAUUAUCAAGCUCCUCACGCAUCGCACUCUUCACAUGCUCGCACAAUGUCUAUGGAUUCCAACGGCACGUCUUCGUCCCUCUCCCCGUCCAGUAGAAGAUUUCGUCGGCACAAAGCCAGUCUGGGGCUGGAUAUGGAAGCGGACUUGUCGGGGAUAGAUGGGGUUGCGCCGGUGGGUGUAGGGCCAGGUCUCGGGCCAGGAGAUGUUGAAGUGCUAGCGACGACACCGACAGAGCGGAUGAUGCCCCAGGUGCAGCCUGCAUUGUCUCUUCCCUCAGGCCGUGCGAGCCCUGCUCCGAGCAUGGGGAGCGACGAGCGGCCUCUACCUCCUCUCCCCCCUUCAGCAGGCUUGACGAGUGAUCAGAGAUGGAGGAGCGGGAGUGUCCAGAGUCAGAAUGGUUCGGGGAUAUCAGCUGGGCAAGGAUUCUUGGUCAGCCCUAGUACAAAUCAAGGGACAAUCUCGCAACGCAGACGGUCACGCCCAUCAUCCGGUGCGCCUUCGAUAGAGGGUAUCCCAGAGCGCAGCCAUACUCCUUCCCAAGAAGAGCCCCGAAAAGAAUCUCGGCACGCUUCUCGCCGGGCUUCCAUAUCCUCUCUCAUAUCUGGCCGGGCUCGCGCCAAGUCUCAACCUGGUGGCCGACCAGGCGACCCUGAACCACUCCCACCAGUACCAUCUACAACAGGGGUGAGACACCAACCCAACUUUUCAAUAUCGUCGCAGAUGAGCUUGAACCUCGGUCAAGGGAUUGGACAGGGGCUGGACAGGUCGACGCCGGUCAUACAGCAGCCCAACCCGCUCCUGCAGCAGAUGGGUAUGGGUAUGGGACUAGGAGGGAUGGGUAUGGGGAGGAGCCAGGGAUUGCGGAUCAAUACAGCAGGUGGACCUGGCUUGGUGCCACCUACUUUGAAUUCGCGAUCAGGGUCUAUCAACAGCUUGCACCCCAACUCUCCUCGUUCGCUACCCCCUCUUCCAUCACCAACACCUUCCCCGUCCGCCCUGGGUACUGCGACUCCUUCUCACGCAUCGUAUUCAUCAACAUCUCUGCUAUCACCCCUGCCCGAACCUCAGCCUGCUGAAGAAGCGCUCAGGCCAUUCCACAUUCUCCGCUUACUGCGCCAGUCGAUGGACGGCGAUAAUGCUGGAUGCUACCUCACGCCGGGGCUUCACGUCACCCCGGCAGUGUGGAAUCCUUCCACGUGGUCUCGUUCGGCGGCCAUCAUGGGCGGGACAGAACAGGGCGACAAGUUUGUCCCAAAGAUUGUUGCGCAAGAUAUCAAGACGCGAUGUAUGGCUACCCUUGCCAUGUGUCUAGAAACCCUCAAAGGUCCAGGGUUUGAGCUGUUAUCUUCUGGUCCGCGCGAUCGUAGCCGUCCUGCUGGUGCGGCGUCCACGCCGGUCAGUCCGAGCCCGAGGUGGCAGAAGGCGGGAGAAGAGCUCGUGAGAGCGCUGGACGAGCUUGAGGAGGAGAUCGAAGGGGUGAGUAAAAUGUUGAGUAAGGGUGGCGUCGGGGUUGGAGGAUGGAAAGGAAAGAAGGGUGUCUCGACGACAAAGAGCUGGGGUUCGAGAAUAUCGAGAGGAAUGGACAAGAUAUCCAAUAACAAAAACCUCGACACUCCGGACAAAUAUGUUGACAACCUCGCCUACCUCUGCACCUCUUCCCAGACACUGUCAGACCACCUCACAAACAUCCUCGGGCCUCAGUGCACCCCUGGGUAUGCAGAGCUGCCCGAGAGGACUUUCAGAGAAGUUGAAGUGAGGGCGAGAAGGGUGGGCGAUUUUGUUAGACUUGUUGUCUUGCCGUUUGUGCUAGAGGACUUUAGGUUGUUCUUGCUGCGAUACUUGAAGGGUGGUGUGCGGUAUCUGGAGGAUUGA